GCAUCAGGGAGCAGGGAAUGAAUCCAGAAAUCCAGACGAAGCGACAACAGGAUACAUCGUAUUCACAUCAAGCAAUAGCCAAUCAGAAUGCAAUACUUUUGAAUUAUUUCUACUGUAGUUGCGACGAUAUCUAGUUACGCUUAAAGGAUCAUGAGACUUAUGACUUCAUCCUUACUGUAGUGCUAAAAAAUCAAAUGCUGACCACUAUAAAACCGUAUGCAAAAGCGACUGACUCUCGAUAACAUGAUGGACGUGCAACGUGAUGUUUAAACAACUAACUAAUGAAAAAGUAAAGCAGAUCAUAACGCUUCGAGCGGCAAAGAUCAAACCCUGGAAUGUCUCUUCCAAAGGCGGUCAUCUGCAACUUAACACGUACAGACGAUUGAGUAUUUUUUCGCUGUCCUGCUCUAUCAAACACCAAUCCUAAGUGUUACGAUCUAAGAUGAGUACCAAUAAGACGAUUUUUGUUUGCCUACUUUCGUUUUUGAUGGAGUGCGGUUUUGCACCGGAUGCCAAGCAGCCCCUUUACAUAGGUUCUAUUUCACCAMUGACCGGCACGGGCAAGUGGUGGGGGCGCGGUAUCCCGUUGGCAGCUCAGAUGGCUUUUGAUAUGAUAAACAUUGAUACAAGCAUUUUGAAUGACUAUGAAUUGAAACUAAUUUCCAAUAAUUCAAAGGGAGAGACAGGUMGUGGAAUUAGAGUACUGUAUGGUUAUCUUGUAAACAGGCAAAUUCUGAUGCUACUUGGUCCCAUGCGUUCUAAUGUAGCUACUGCAGUCGCUGACACAGCAAAGUUCUGGCAAUUGAUUCAGGUUUCUGCAGCAGCGRCAUCUGGUGAACUUUCAGACUCUAAAAAAUACCCCUAUUUCUUAAGAACCRUUCCUUCAGCAUCGGCCAUGAGUACAGCAUUUAUUGCCUUAGCGCACAAGUUUGGUUGGACAAGAGUUUCGAUAUUAUAUUAUUCUCGAGAGAUGAUAUCGAUUCAAGGAUAAUAUUUGGUCUCCUUCAAUUGACCACCUCCGUGAUGUGUGAAAUUUUCAAACUUAAAAUGUAUGGAAGACAGUACGCAUGGCUGAUUGACACGCCAGAUAAACACGGAUGGUGGCAGCGGACUUACAAAAAGACAAAUUGUACACAAGAAGAGAUUAGUGAAGCUGCUAACCACGUGAUCACAAUUAAUAACAUGAAUAUUAGCAGAUCAACAAAAAAAGGCAUUUCGGGUCUGACCCCAAAGCAGUUUCAAGACCGAUACGAAUUAUACGCAAAGGAAAGGAAUAGUAUUGUGUCGGAAUAUGGAACCUUCGCAUUUGAUGCUGCAUGGCUUAUGGCUCUUGCCCUCAACAAAACUGAAAACGAGCUGAGACCAGGCAGAAAUUUGAGUCAGUUCUAUUACAAGGACAGGUCGAUGGCCUUGAUGAUAARAAAAAAUCUUAUACAAACUGGAUUUCGAGGCGUUACGGGAACGGUGCAACUGCAAGGAAACGGAGACAGAUAUGGACAUUUUGAAGUAUCUCAAAUCCAAGAUGGGAUUUUGCGUGUGAUAGGAACACAUAACGUCUUAACCAACAAUUUUACCUUGGAUGCUGGGAUGGACUUUAUUUGGAAAGGUGGCUUUCCGCCAUCGGACCGAUUAAUAGUUGUUCCGCGAUUAAUCGGUUUUCCUGUUGUUGGUUUUAUUGUAAUUUGCUGCAUUGCAGUUGGUGGAGUUAUUUUGUCACUAGUGUUUCUCUAUUGUAAUAUUGCUUAUCGCCAAAAAAGGUUCAUUAAAAUGUCCAGCCCAAACAUCAACAACCUGAUCAUAGCAGGUUGCAUUGUCGCAUAUUUAUCGGUCAUAUUAUUUGCUGUUGACGGAGAACACUUAACAAGUCUAGUAUGUCAGGUCAGGCUGGUUACACUGAAUAUCAGUUUUACACUGGCUUUUGGAGCAAUGUUUAUCAAAACAUGGAGAGUUCAUAGAAUUACAAGAAAAAUACGCAACAAAAGAAGGGUUAUCCAGGACAUUCAUUUAGUUGGCUUGGUGGUUAUAUUUCUAAUAAUUGACAUCGUUAUCUUGACCACUUGGCUGAUCAUCAAUCCAUUACAAAAWGAUUACAGAUGGUUUGAUCUAAAGCAGGAUACCAAGCCAAGCAAUUCUGCUGUUAUCUACAGACAAAAAAUAGCUUACUGUCGUACGACAAAUGUGCUUCUAUGGCUGGUGGUCGUGUAUGGCUCUAAAGCUUUGUUGCUUUUAUUUGGCUUGUUUUUGGCUUGGGAGACAAGGAAGAUAAAGAUCAGCGCAUUAAAUGACUCCCAGCAUAUAGGUAUGGCUGUCUAUAAUGUAGUCAUAGUGUGUAUUGUUGGAGUACCAAUCAUUCAGCUUCUUAACGAUGAUAUGUACGAGGUGUCCUUUAUCAUCACCACCUUCUGCAUCAUGUCCUGCACAACUUUGACCCUUUGCUUGGUUUUCGUACCAAAGGUAAGAAAGCUUCUCAAGUCAACCGCUGAUGAGAUAUUCUCGGAUAAUGGCAUAUCUUUCGCGUCACGCAUGGAGAGCAAACGAGCUAAUUGUACCUGUGAUUGUCAUGUUCAAGAUCUUGUWAAGAAAAGCCCACGCAUCCUAGGAAGCAACGCUGUAAAACAGAAAAAACAAGAGACAAAAGAGACAAAUAUCCUCGAUCACCGCAACAUAAAAACCAAGCCAAGUUAUGUUAUCUAAAACCAGCCUUUGCAAAAUGGUUAUAUCAUUAGUAUACACUGUGUUUAGAAUUACUAGCUAGAGAUAUUCAAAAGGCUAACUAACAAGCAGAAGAAAAGAAGAGAAAAAUUUAAGAAAAUGAACAAUCGUGAAGAUGGAUAUUUAUUUAAAUAGUAAAUAGUUAUUUAAAUAGUUUAAUAGAWGAUCAUAGUGCAUGUGAUAUGCGGUCAAAAAAGAAGCACGAACUUUUCAACAACAAAAAUUCAACAACAACAGCAACGUAAAAAAUGCCCAAUUAUAUAAAGGUUGCAACUUUGAUUAGAGUUAUUAGUUAUCAAGCAAACCUAAAUAAUGCCAAACAUACUUUUAGGAGUGAGUAUAGUGAUUGUGCAAGACAUUCCUUCCAAAAGUCAUUGAGAGGGUAGAUAUACACUGAUUUAUGUCACUAUAAUAAUGUUAUUGGAUAAUAACGAAAUAAAUAAACUCUAUUCCGCUCCAAAAACUACAAACAGUUCCUCUCUUCCUAAAACCUAACUUUCUAAAUUCCAAUUCAGUCGGUGAGUUAGCCAUGCCGACUUAGAUCAGCCCAGAGCUCGUUUCAGGGUAUGUAUCAAUAAAUUUUGCAGGACCGAAACUGUUUCGCUGUUAGUUCGAAUUUUUUUUCUUUUUUUUUUUUUUUCUUUUUCCAUUA